UAUACUAUUCUAAUUCAAUAUUAUAUUCCAAAAUUGACUAUAUUCUCCAAAACUAUUAUUCCACUAUAUAAAUACCCUCAUACCUUCCCCUUAACGCAUUCAAACCAAACUACAAACACCUUUGUUUUCUCUCUUCAAGACUACUGGUUCUAGAUAUAUUCAUUCCAACAAAAUCAAAUUAGGGUUUUCUUUUAUCAUUCUGAUGGGAAAUUACGUUUCAUGCACUUUAGCACCACCAUUGAUGAGGAAUGUGAAAGCUACAAGAGUAAUCCUUCCAACCGGAGAAGUGAAACAAUUCAGAGAAAUAAUGAAAGCUGCGGAGCUUAUGUUAGAGAAUCCAAACUAUUUCUUAGUCAAUUCUCGUUCUCUUCACAUUUCUAGAAGGUUCUCUCCUCUCGCUGCUGAUGAAGAAUUGGAAUUCGGAAGUGUUUACAUAUUUUUUCCUAUGAGAAGACUCAACUCUGUCGUUACGGGGGCUGACAUGGCGGUGCUAUUUCUGGCGGCGAAUUCCGCGGCGAAACGGUUACGUUCCGGAAAGACACGUGUCCAACCGGAUGAGAGUUCGGGCGGUGGUGUUGAGAAUGAUCAAAACGACUGUGUACCAAGGUUGAGUUUGGAAGGAGUGGAAUCAGGGUUUAGUUAUAGGUUAAGUUAUUGUAGAUCAAAGAAACCUUUUCUGGAGACUAUAAGUGAAGAACCAAUUAGCUCGAGAUGAAGGAAUUAAGCAAGAUUUAGGUUAUUCUGUUUAUAAAAAAAUAGUUAUAGUACUGUAGUAGGAUAAAUCUUGGGUUAGGUUCAAAGAAUUCUUUAUUAAAAAUUUAAGUUGGAUAGAGAUAUAGAUUUAUUGAUUCAUUCUAUACACUUCAAAAAUUAUGUGAGGUUGUAGUUGUAACAAGCUAUAGGAAAUAGGAAUCAUUGAUCUGUGUGAAAUUCAUUUGUGGACAGAGCAAGUUUACGCGUUAUUCAUGAUAUAGUAUUUUAUUGGCUUCA